CAACGACCCGACGCAAUCCGCCGGAGUGCAACAACAAAACUCGACAUGGACCCUGGAUCUUUCGAGCGAGCUCGCAUGAUCAUCGAGACGCGUCUUGCAGCUGACGACUCGACUAACUUUGUCCUGCCCGGUUACUUACGCGAAGACAUCGGCACGUGGGCAAACCACUCGAGGAAAAGCCCUUGCUGACUGCGAGCGAGGGUAGCAAUGACUUCGCGGAUCUGCGCUCAUAAUUACUGUUCGCAGAGGGUCACUAUGCAUCGUCAGAAUAAAUAAUGCAUGUUCGAUUUCAUCUUGAAAUCUAUAUAAACCAGCUAGAUGCUCCCUAGAUCUAGAUCAGCAUACAGCAGGGGAUCCUUCGCUAUAGAAACGCUACGCAUGAUGCACGUUCUGCCCUCGGUUCUUCUUUCCCUGUUGGCUUUGAGGGCCCAGGCCGCAAACAUCGUCUCUACCAACGAUGAUGGAUGGGCGGAAAUCAACAUCAGGACUCUCUACAAUGCUCUCACGAAGGCAGGACACUCUGUUGUACUUUCUGCCCCAGCAGAGAACGAAUCUGGCACUGGUUCCGCGGAGGCGACUCCCUCAACUGUGACUAACGGCUGUGAGUUCAGCAGCUGUCCAGCCGGUAGCCCUGCAACUGGCUCGAACAGCUCGGACACCAGACUCAACUAUGUAAACUCUUAUCCGGUUACGAGCGUGAAGUAUGGAGUGCAGAAAUUUGCGCCCAACUUUUUCAGUGGUAACCCGGACAUUGUUGUCUCGGGACCUAACGUUGGAGCGAACCUCGGGUCUACCGUUCAGAUUUCUGGAACGGUCGGCGCUGCUUCUGCUGCCUCUAACCAACUGGGCAUUCCUGCAAUUGCUUUCUCCGGUACCACUGGCUCUCAGACUGCCUGGGACGUCGCAACCCCCGAUUACAGCACUCUCUACGCCGAUCUGUCGGUAAACUUGACCAACACCCUACUAGCUUCUGGAACGCCGUAUCUUCCUAACGGCACCUACCUGAAUGUUAACUUCCCUUCUGCUGGCAGCGGUACGAGCUGCACUGCCGCAGCGGACUUCAAAUUCGUUCUCAGCCGGAUCCUGAGCACCAGUGGAACCACCGUCUCUACUUGCGGCAGUGACACGUUGCCGACUGAAACCUCUGUCGUGGACACUGAUGGAUGCUAUGUGUCUGUCAGCGUGGGAGAUGCGAGCACUAAGAACGACGCAACUGCGGAUCAGCAGUCUGUUGUCCUUCAAAAGUUGGAGAGCAUCUUGAGCUGCCUGCCGUGACAUGAAGAAAGAAAUGGCGCCUACGGUAGGCGAAGUUCGGCCUCUUGGGGAGGUAACUGGGGACUAUUAGACGAGAUUAUAAAUGUACUUAUUGGCUAUUGCACAUAUAGUUUGGCUCAAUGAUCCAAUGGUAGAUACGCAUAGUUAGUUGUUUAGAACAAUGAC